AAAGCGAGGGGAACACUCCCUGUCAGGUCGAAAAUGGCGGAAUUAGGGUUAGGGUUAGGGUCAGGGGAAGAGGAGGAAUCGAAGGGGGAUGAACGAACGGCGAGAAGAGGAAAGCUCACCUCGAGGUGGGGUAUCCGUCGUCAUCAUCGUCGCCUUCGGAGAGCUCGAGAAGGCGGCAACGAUGAAUCCGCCUAUUACUCCUCCGGCCAUUCUUCAGUCGGCGACGAUAGCUACCAUGAAGGUUCUUACUGGUUUGCAUCUGCACCGGGAAGCUUUGGAGGCCGAUUCUCCUUUGGAUCGGAGCUAUCCGCUCUCUCUCCGAGCCCACAAUCCUCCUUCACGAAUUUGGCCGGGUGUGAGCCGUCGUUUCUUCCUUGCCAGAACCCUGAGCCAGAGACAAGGGCAUCUUCAACUAAAAGCUGUGAACUUUCUACACCAAAAGAUCGAGGACUGGAUGUAGUGAUAGAUGAAGAGCUGGAACAGGAGGAAAGAACCAUAGAUCCUCCAACUAACACCACUGUGUCUCACAGUCUCAGAGAUUGCCAGAACCAAAGGGUUACUUUCGAAUCCUUUUCUUCUCCGAGCGAACCUCGAAGAUGGCGGCCAGGCUCACUCGAUCUGAACGGCUAUGGAACAAACGCCGGAGCUUCUUCAUCGCUCCAUCCCUUCACCUGCAGUGCCUAUUACACAAAGAAUAGUUGCGCUCCAUCAAUUCAGAGCAGAUCCAACAUGUUGCCGAGUCCCGGAACGCCGAAUUACUUCCACGUUAAUGGCGGAAUCAGUUCUUGUCAGAAAGGAUGGAGCUCCGAACGGGUUCCGUUGCCGGCGAGUCGCGUGCAGAGAUACGGCGGCGGCUUCGCUCCAUUGUUCCCUUUUAACAAUGGCAGAACGAUGCCGUCCAAGUGGGAGGAUGCGGAGAGGUGGAUUUGCAGCCCGGUUUCCGGCGAUGGUUCGAAGAGGCCGGUGGUGCUUCCGCCAUAUCACCGGCGACCGAAGUCCAAGAGUGGUCCGCUUGGAGCUCCGGUGUUGAUCUCUGGCUCUUCGUCUCAUGCACCGGCAUCGCCGCAGAUCCCCUGCUUUGAUAAUGGGAAAGUUGUGAAUUUUGAGGGCGGUUCGCCAUUGCUGGCGGGGGUUCUCGUGACAGAUCAGCAAUUGUAUGGUAUGAAUGGCAGAGAAAAACUUUUUGGUUUUAACUCUGAAGUUCAUAUCGAUAGAGCGGCAAGUCUGGAUUCCUUCGUGCAGCCAUCGACUUCUUUGUCAGCCGAAGUUGUUUUCCGAGGAUAUAGAUUUAAUGGGACUCGGGAACUAGCCACAAUGAUGUCCCCUUUGGCUAGGAGCAGAGAUGUUGGCACGCAAAUGAGUCCUGAAGGAAGUACUCCAUCUUCCCCAAAGGAGAAGCCUUCGUCGCUAUCUCAAUCUCCACUAUUUGUUCAUACCAUUACAGAGUUGCAGAGCAAUUUUCCGUGUCUAGAGAUCAGAGACGUGCAGGUGGAUGACCGAGUCACAGUGACGAGGCGGUCGAAGAAACAUAUUUCUCGAUGCUCUGAUAAGCGAUCGACAGAUACAUUGGAAUGGAAGAAGAAAAGAUUGGAGAAUAGAAUGGCGGAUUGGGAAGUUAUAGGCACCGAAAGACGCAUAUCAAAGUUUGAUAGGGAGGAAGCUAAGAUUGCUGCCUGGGAGAACCUACAGAAAGCAAAAGCUGAGGCUGCUCUACAAAAACUGGAAAUGAAAUUAGAAAAAAAACGGUGUUCUUCAAUGGAAAAGAUUUUGAGCAGGCUUCGAUCGGCUCAGAAGAGAGCUCAAAAUAUGCGAAGUUCGGUGGUGGCUCAACAAGUUUGCAUGGCUCCCAAAACCGGCCGGAGCGUCUCGUAUUUCCAAAAAUAUCGCCGAAUGUCUUCUUUUCAAGGAUGCUUUACCUGCCAAGGCUUCUAAACACAUCAUUGUUUUCUUAAGGGUUUCCUAAGUGAAAUCUUCUGGUAGUGUCCGCCUCAAUUCUAAAAUUUUAUUUCAUUGAUGCUGAUACCUUAAGUUUCUGUAAUUUAUUUGGAUUCCGCUGACAUUUUGCAGCAAUUUCCCUAGUAAGCUAUCAAACAAAAGUAUAUGGAUAUUUUUGAAAUUACAAAUUAAUGAACUGGAGUUUUUUUGGAGGGUUCCCUAAGUGAAAUCUUCUAGUCUUUGCCUCAAUUCUAAAAUUUUCUAUAUCCUUGAUG